GCCCGGGCUCUGGCUGCCCGGAGACCGCUUCUCAGCUGCUGGACGCGGAAGGCGACUUUGCAGCUGGCGGAGCGUUGGGAGGGCGCGGUCCAGGUCGGGGGCUUUUCCUGGUCGUCUCCACCCUUGCCUGGGCUCGCGACCCCUACGGGGAAAGCCGCGGCCCCGAGGGCAGAUCCGAGAUCACAGUUCUGGAAGCCACGAUGAAUGGCCACAUUUCAAAUCAUCCCAGUGGUUAUGGAAUGUACUCAUCUCAGAUGAAUGGCUACGGAUCACCGACCUUUUCUCAGAUGGAUAGAGAACAUAGUUCAAAAACAAGUGCAAAGGCUCUUUAUGAACAAAGGAAGAACUAUGCACGGGACAGUAUCAGCAGUAUGUCAGAAGUAUCCCAGUACCGAGUUGAACACUUGACAACAUUUGUUCUGGAUCGGAAAGAUGCAAUGAUAACUGUUGAUGAUGGAAUAAGAAAGUUGAAAUUGCUUGAUGCCAAGGGCAAAGUAUGGAUUCAAGAUAUGAUUCUUCAAGUAGAUGACAGAGCUGUGAGCCUAAUUGAUUUUGAGUCCAAGAAUGAACUGGAAAAUUUUCCAUUAAACACAAUCCAGCACUGCCAAGCUGUGAUGCAGUCCUGCAACUAUGAUUCAAUACUUGCCCUGGUGUGUAAAGAGCCAACCCAGAACAAGCCAGAUCUUCAUCUUUUCCAGUGUGAUGAGAUUAAGGCAAACCUAAUUAGUGAAGAUAUUGAAAGUGCAAUCAGUGACAGUAAAGGAGGGAAACAGAAGAGGCGGCCUGAUGCCCUGAGAAUGAUUUCCAAAGCAGAUCCUGGUAUACCGCCCCCACCAAGAGCUCCUGCACCUGUGCCCCCUGGAACUGUUACCCAGGUGGAUGUCAGAAGUCGGGUGGCAGCCUGGUCUGCAUGGGCAGCUGACCAAGGGGACUUUGAGAAAUCAAGGCAGUAUUAUGAACAGGAAGAAACACCUGAGAUGAUGGCAGCCCGGAUUGACAGAGAUGUACAAAUUUUAAAUCACAUUUUGGAUGACAUUGAGUUUUUUAUCACAAAACUCCAAAAAGCAGCUGAAGCAUUUUCUGAGCUUUCUAAAAGGAAGAAGACUAAAAAAAGUAAAAAGAAAGGACCAGGAGAGGGUGUUUUAACACUGCGGGCAAAGCCUCCACCUCCUGAUGAAUUUGUUGACUGUUUCCAAAAGUUUAAACAUGGAUUUAACCUUCUGGCCAAAUUGAAGUCUCAUAUCCAAAACCCCAGUGCUUCAGAUUUGGUUCAUUUUUUGUUUACACCAUUAAAUAUGGUGGUACAGGCAACAGGAGGUCCUGAACUCGCUGGUUCAGUACUCAGCCCCCUAUUGACUAAGGAUACAGUUGAUUUCUUAAAUUAUACUGUCACUUCUGAGGAACGCCAGUUGUGGAUGUCAUUGGGAGAAGCAUGGAUAAAAGCCAGAGCAGAGUGGCCAAAAGAGCAAUUUAUUCCACCAUAUGUUCCACGGUUCCGCAAUGGUUGGGAGCCCCCAAUGUUGAACUUCAUGGGGGCACCAGUGGAGCAAGACCUUUAUCAAUUGGCUGAAUCUGUGGCAAAUGUAGCAGAGCACCAACGCAAACAAGAAGUAAAAAGAUUAUCCACAGAGCAAUCCAGCGUAUCAGAGUAUUCUCCAACUGAUGGAUAUGCAGCUAAUAACGUUUAUGCAAGAGGGCCCCAUCUGGACCAAGGAGAAGCUGCUUUUGCUAUUAAGCCAACUCCAAAUCGUCCUAUGGAUAGAAGUUAUGACCCACUCAAAACACCACUCAAGAAAUAUGCCAAAUCCAAGUAUGAAUUUACAGCAAGGAACACCAGUGAACUAUCAGUUCAAAGGGAUGAUAUUUUAGAGAUCCUUGAUGACAGGAAACAAUGGUGGAGAGUUCGAAAUGCAAGAGGAGAUUGUGGAUUUGUGCCAAAUAACAUUUUGGAUAUUGUGAGACCUCCAGAGUCUGCAUUAGGACGUGCUGAUCCACCUUACACACAUACCAUACAGAAACAGAGGAUGGAGUAUGGUCCAAGGCCAACUGAUACUCCUCCUGCUCCGUCUCCUCCUCCAACACCAGCUCCGGUCCCUGUCCCCCUUCCACCUUCUACUCCAGCACCUGUCCCUGUGUCAAAGGUUCCCGCCAAUGUAACCCGUCAGAACAGCAACUCCAGUGACAGUGGUGGCAGCAUUAUACGAGAUAGCCAGAGACACAAACAACUUCCUGUGGACCGGAGAAAAUCUCAGAUGGAGGAAGUACAGGAUGAGCUCAUCCACAGACUCACCAUUGGUCGGAGUGCUGCUCAGAAGAAGUUCCAUGUGCCACGGCAGAAUGUGCCAGUUGUGAAUAUCACUUACGACUCCACGCCUGACGAUGUGAAGCUAUGGUUACAGUCAAAGGGCUUCAAUCCUGUGACUGUCAAUAGUCUUGGAGUAUUAAAUGGUGCACAACUUUUCUCUCUCAAUAAAGAUGAACUGCGGACAGUCUGCCCAGAAGGGGCGAGAGUCUUUAGCCAAAUCACUGUACAAAAAGCUGCAUUAGAGGAUAACAAUGGCAGCUCCGAGUUGCAAGAAAUUAUGCGAAGACGACAAGAAAAAAUCAGUGCUGCUGCUAGUGAUUCAGGAGUGGAAUCUUUUGAUGAGGGAAGCAGUCACUAAUUUGUUUGUUUGUUAUUAAACUUCAUUAUUCUUGGCAUUAUUCCAACGUGCUUUGUUUUAAGAAGCCAUGAAGGGAAUGUCAGAUUUUUAAUUUCUUGAUAUAGUUAAUUUAUCACCAUAAAGAAACAAUGCAAACCUGAGUAAGCAGAUCAUUUCCUUUGGGCCCACCCAUUAUUUUUAUUAAAACUGAAAAUUUUUAAACUGAAUUUACAGACCUUGAGAUAUAUUUUGCCUAUUUUCACCAAGGUGAAUUUUUCUUUACUGGAUUAAUUAUUUCAUCCAGAUCUCAAUGUAUAAUCAGGAAUUUUUUGACAAUGGUGAGUUUAUUUAUUAUGACACAGCAUAGAUAUUGCCCAUGAUUUAAAAUCUAAGCAAUUUCGAUUGGGGCUGUCAUACAGUGAUUGUCAUUUCAUUUGUAGCUCACUUUAGGCUAGACUCUUCCUUCUCAGGUUUUUUCUUUGGCACGCUCACUGAUAGAAUAUUUAGACUUAUUUAAAGUUCUUAAUGCCAACAGUUUGAAAAAUUAAAAUAUUUGAAUGAACUGUAAGUACAAGGUCUUUUACAUGCAAAUAUAAACGUAUAGAGCAUUCCCAAGAUAUUUUAUUUAUCAUGGCUCUGUUGAUCAUAUUCUUUGUAUAGAUUGUAUUUUGAUUUUGUUUAUAUUCUGCUUAUUAUGUAUACUGCGUUCUUAUAUAUGAGAAAGCACAAGUAGAGAAGGUGUCAUAGUCACUCAAAAGCUGUCCAAGAAAGUAGCCUUUGUCAAUGUGCUUUAUAGUAUUUUGCCUACUGAAGGUCUCAGUUCUGACUGUUGAUAUAAACAGUUAAAAAGAAAUAGGGGCCAUUUUAUGUGUAAUCUGUGUCAAGUUUUUCUUGUAUAAGAAACAAUUAAUUUACACACAUUUUAAUCCUGUGAAAGAUUAUAGAUAAAGAAAAGAAGGAUAUGUAACCAUCAGCAAAUGUUAUUUUUGAAAACACAAUUUUGUCAUUAAAUGUUGUAUUAUUUCACAUAUAUAAAACAGAUGUUAUGUAAGAAUGUUGUAUAUUUUAACAUAAAUCCACUUAGGGAGAUUGCCUAGAUUCAUUAAUUUUCAUAGUGCCUUUUUCACAUGAGUCAGCUGGAAAGUCCGCAAUAAACAGUAUUUGCUGUAUGUUAA